UGUGUGGCAGGAGAUGGACAUGGCUUCAGGUCGGGGGUGUCAAAUUCAACCAAAUACACUUCUGCUUCUGCUCCUGUAGCUGUCCUUUUCCAUUUAGGAUGAAUACGAGUCUUCAUCUGGACCUAUGAGACAAUCAGCAGGGGGGUUGAGUAGUCAAACCCGCCACCAGCAUCCAUUUCUUAGUUGCAGCUAUUACUUUACUGACAAAAUCCACUGAAGUACAUCAACCGGGUUACUUACAUUUAGAGCAUAUUUCUGUUUGUUUUUGACCUUUGGGUUGCUGUUAUGAAGCAAAUGUAUUCACAGAUCACAGAGAAGAUGGACACUCUUCAAGAAAAGCUUCAGCUGUACAAAAUCGAGAUCGCCAAGGACUCCGGAAGGGCUCUGGUGUUGGCGUCUGAUUUCCAGGCAUCUAUUCACACACCUGCUAUGGCUCUGGUCCGGUGUGCUGAGGAUGUGAUCCACACGUCGGCAGAGGUUCUGCCGCUGGAAGCUCGGAGCAGGGAGCGCUGGGCGGCCCAUCUGGAGAGGUUGAAGGACAAUCUUCAUUCUGCUGUGAAUUUAAUUCUUCAAACCCUCAACACAGUUUCCUCCUACUAUCGCUACUACAACAAGGCCGACAGCUGGUGCAGUCUGGUCCUCUGCGAGAACUUCCUUCAAGAGCUCCUGGAAGGAGUUCACGGAGACACGGGCUCCCGUCUGGGGCAGAAGAGCAGCUGGGGGACGCUGCCUGCAUGGAGACGGAGGCUGGCCACGUUCCUGAAGAAACAUCCACCUCCAAACAUGGAGGAGCUGCUUCAGGUGGCUCAUCUGGCUAAUGCCAUCCCCGAUGAUGCCGUCCAGCAGGCGGGCAAGCAAGCUGCUCACAGGUGCACGACCCUGAGGAAACUCCUCAUUUCUUCUGGCCCAGUGUCUGUGCGGGAGCUUCAGCUGGCCCUGCAGUGGCAGGCUGAGUUGCUGCGUAGCAGACGUGUAGAGCAGACCUGGAGCCCUGCUGCAGACCAGACGGCCAGGGAUUCCCCCCACAGCCCACCAGACACCACCAAAGCUGACAGGAGACGGGACGCAGAGCCGCCGGUGGCAGCGGCCCCCUCCCUCUUAGGUUCUGGGAGGCUGUCGGAGUGUAAACCCUCCUCCGUCAGCUCGUUGGACUCUGGUUUUGAUGGAGCAGGAAGUGGGCAGCUGGAAACCUCUGGAGCCAGGGAGCUGGUUGAUCUGCCUGCUGUGUCUGGGAGCAGGGACUCCACUGGGUCUCCCCUGAGCCAGCCUCACACGCACGAUGAGACUUUGUCCAGUAUUUGGGACUGUGAGGACCAGAGAGAGGGGUUUGGCUCUGUGGGAAACUCCCCCGGGGCGAGCAUCCAGAUCAUCCCUAAACUAGAGCUGGAUUCCCUGAACCUCCAGAUCAGAGUGAGGCGCUCGGCUGCGCUUCCCAGUAAUCCCUGGCUCAGCUUGCCUGUAGACGACUUGGAGAACUCGUACACCGUCACCAUCACACAGAGCCGAACCCCACAGAAGGGAGAGCUCCGCUCCCACGACCCUUCAGAUCCCCACGUUGCUCCCAGCCGCUCUCCGUCUCCAGACCGUCCCACGCAGGCUGAGGCUCCCGGAGGAUGGCAGGACGAGGACUGGACGCCCUGUUCUCCCAGUGCUCUCGGCGACCCUGAGCGCAGCCCCAUUUGCAGCGUCCUCUCCAGCACAAUCACCAGCGAGACGGACGAGUCCCUCUGUCCCACGGAGGGGAAUCCUACUCUUCUCUGGGACUCGUACGACCUCCACGAUGAGGAGUCGGAGAGUGUUGAUGGUCUAACGGACAUCUCCCUGGAGGACUGGCACGUGAAGGAGCAGGAGGGUCUCGGGGAAGUGGAGAAAAUCCUGGAAAGAACUGAUGAAAUACUCAAAGAAGAAGAGAGUGUGUUGGCUCAAGAAGCCGUGCUGGAUGUUCUGCUACGGUCGGAGGACGACAGAGAAAUGUGGCCACCGUGGGACAGUGAGGAUCAGCAGGACCCGGAUCAGCAGGACUUUUUAAAGAUGUCACCGAGGGAUGUGGCUGAAGCCGGCGUCCCUGGUGUGGAGGAGAACCUUCACGCUACAGAACCCGGCAGGCUCUGCGGACAGGGAUCUGUGAAGUUCGAAAGAGAAAGUGAAACAUUUGCAGAGGAGCUCCGUAUCAAGGCCAAACUAAAGACGGAGGGAUCACUCGGGAGCAGGCCGGACCUGCUAGCGGAGCUGAGGAACGUCAACAUCUUGGAUGAGCUGAUCAUAGAAGAAAACCUUCAGAUUCUUAAGCUGCGACGUGGCAUUGAAGGCCAUACGGACGGACCCGUAGGGGGCGAUCGCCCACGGGUGCCGUCGGCCGUAAACGAGGGGAAGGAAGCACUCCGGUUACAACUGGAACGGGAGAAAAGAGAGCUGGAGAAGCUGGAGAAGAGUUUGAACAAAGACUGUACUCUUGAGAAGAAUGAGGACGAAGUUGGGGAGCUUGUAAAAUGUCCUACAAUGGAGCCGUCUGAGCAGAAUCUUUCUCAAUGUCAAAAUCUCCCUGGCUCUGACGCUGACCAGUCCUUGUGUGACAGAACUUCCUUAAGCAGACCUUUGGCUCUGGAGCAAGUGUCUAAGGCGGCUGUCCAGCCUCAACCACGGACCUCUGAGAGAGAGCUAGAGGACUCUACAGAAAAGGCUAAACCACACACUCCAGAAGCUUCCGUUUCCCUUGAAAUGAAGUUAGAUGAGGGAGCUUUUGACUCGGGUGUAAAGCCAACCCUUCUUCCUGAACUUGGUCAGAGACCGUCUCCGGUUCUGGGGAAUAAUGGCCUUACAGAAGUUGAAACUCCUCAUCCCACCGGGUUCUGCCCGGCUGCACCGUUUACAGAUCAACAUCUGGGUAAUGAACAACUGGAUGCUCUCCCAGAGAACAUUACUGCAGACUUCAGGGCAAGUGUUUUCCUCAAUCCAAAUAUAAAAGAGCACAGAAAUAACAAUAAUAACCAUGCAAUCCAACAGCCCAGCGACGCAUCGUUACAGACGUUAACUGAAAUACCCUGUGAAGCUGAAGAGAAGACGUUAGUGGGACCUGCACGUUUGCAGCACCCAGACGUGCAGCCAACAGAAAAACUCUUCCAGUUUGUUCCCCAAAUCCACGGCGCCCAGCCGCUGGAGCCGGACCCCAGAGGGCGAGAGGAGCUUCCUGAAGACGUUCCUGAUGUGGCUCAGGGCUCUGAGGGUGCCAGAGUUUCCCACUGUGUGUUUCAAAGGGUGCAGGCAAAGUUUAACGAUGACCUCAGAGAGAUGACGAGCUUCAGGACCCCCAUAGUGUUGGAUACGGGAUCUGGUUUGAUGAAGGCUGGAUUUGCAGAUCAAGAAUUUCCCAGCAUUAUAUUCCCAACCAUUAUUGGAAUGCCAAAAUAUGAGGAAAUAAUGAACCUGGAAAAGGAGUCCUACAUUGGCCAUGACGCUCAGCACAUGAGAGGAGUGCUGCUCCUGAGGCACCCCAUAAAGAACGGGGUCAUUCACAACUGGGAUGACAUGGAAAAAAUCUGGCAUCACACUUUCCAGCAGCUGUGUGUGGAUCCCGAAGAGCAUCCUGUCCUGCUGACGGAGGCAGCCAUGAAUCCCCUGGAGAACCGGCAGCGCAUGGUGGAGCUGAUGUUUGAGUGUUUCAAUGUUCCCUUCACCUACGUGGCCAUGCAGGCUGUGCUGGCCCUGUACGCAGCAGGGAGGACUACCGGUGUGGUGUUUGACUCUGGAGACGGGGUGAGCCACAGUGUGCCCGUGUUUGAGGGCUAUUGUUUACCUCACGCUGUGCAGCGCUUCCCGCUGGCCGGAGCUGACGUCACUAUGCAGCUUAAAAAACUGCUGCAGGAGCAGGGCGUGUGCAUGCGCACCACGGCAGAGCUGGAGAUAGUGAGAGAGAUGAAGGAACGCUGCUGCUUCGUUGCACAGAGUCGGACAAAGCCCUCCUGCGGAGAGAUGCAUCACACCCUGCCGGACGGCCGAGUCGUCACCCUGGACACGGAGAGAUUCAGAGCUCCUGAAAUCUUGUUUAAACCCGAGCUGGUUGGGCGUGAGCAUAACGGGAUGCACGAGAGCAUCUUCAAAUCGGUGCUCAGCUCAGACAUCGAUCUGCGACGCUGCCUCCUGGAAAACAUCGUACUGUCAGGUGGGAAUACCCUGCUGCCCGGUCUGCCUGAGCGUCUCCAGGCCGAGAUCCUGGGCCUGCUGCCUGCAGACAUGGGGGUGAACGUCCACAUCAGCAGCCCCAGAGACAGAGACUUCUCCGUGUGGAGCGGAGGAGCGGUGCUGGCCAACCUGCCCUCCUUCAGCUCUGCAUGGAUCAGCCAGGAGGAGUAUGAGGAAUACGGACCGCAGAUCGUCUUCAGGAAAUGUUUCUGAGACAUGCACACACAUGCACACACAGCGCUUACAGUGCCAUGGAUUGUUGUGGGCCUUUUGAAUGUUUGUGUGUUUAUUUCUGUGUGGUUCUCCUGGUCACCAGUGUGGACUUUGAGCCCUUACUGCAUCCAGCAGGUUGUCUGGGACCGCUGGCUUCAUGCAUCAGGACAAAUGCAGAUAUUUAUUCCAACGUGACCUCGAGGAAAAUGUUUGUCAUAUUCUUAUUAUCUUUGUCUUAAAUUCCUUUUUAUUUAAUUUGUUUAAAUGAUCUGAAUGUGUCCAUGUUUGUGGCUAAUGAAGGAGAUUUGAAGCUGGCCUUUCUGGUUUUUGUUAGUCGCGGUGGAAAUCGCAGCUGUUUAUACAUGAUUUUAUUUCAGUUUUUUCUUGUUGAACGUGUACCCCUGCAUCAGUAAUGACAGUUUUCUUUCCCUAACGAUUAUCUUCAUGAAAUGUUAGAACUCUUUCAUGUUACCCCCCCCCCCCCGCCCAUGGAGCCAAAUCAAGGCCAAAAGUUUUGCUAAUUUGAAAAUAAAA